GUCUGUGUAUGAACUAUCAAGAUCAAAGGAUUAUUGCAAUGGCCAGAUUGAGGAUAUAUGGCGGCCUGGUUUACCGACUUUUAGCUUUGGCGUUUUUUGGUCAUUUUGCAUGGGGAAAGCACUUGGAUGUUACACGACACUAUAAGUUUGAUGUCCAAAUGAAGAAUCUGACCCGCCUUUGCCAUACAAAGCCUCUGAUAACUGUAAAUGGGCAGUACCCAGGGCCUGUAUUAUAUGCUCGGGAAGGUGACAGAGUAGUAGUCAAAGUAACAAAUCAUGUGAAUAACAACGUUACUAUUCACUGGCAUGGCGUUCGGCAGCUUAGAUCUGGAUGGGCUGAUGGUCCUGCAUAUGUCACUCAGUGUCCAAUUCAAAGUGGGCAGAGCUAUGUUUACAAGUUUACCAUUAAAGGGCAGAAAGGAACGCUCUGGUGGCAUGCUCACAUUUCAUGGCUGCGAGCAAGUGUAUAUGGACCCAUUAUUAUCUAUCCUAAAAAGCAUGAUUCUUAUCCAUUCCCAAAGCCCCACCAUGAAGUGCCUAUUAUGUUCGGGGAAUGGUGGAAUGCAGACACAGAGACUGUUAUUAAUCAAGCAAUGCAAAAUGGUGGCGGACCUAAUGUGUCAGAUGCGUAUACCAUUAAUGGACUACCUGGACUUUUUUAUAACUGCUCUUCAAACGAUACAUUCAAGCUCAAAGUGAACCCUGGAAAGACUUACCUUCUUCGCAUAAUCAAUGCUGCUCUCAAUGAUGAAUUGUUCUUUGCAAUAGCCAACCACACAUUAACUGUUGUGGAAACAGACGCUGUGUAUGUUAAGCCAUUCCAAACUAAUGCCAUCCUUAUAUCUCCCGGCCAGACCACAAAUGUGCUCCUCACAGCAAAAUCCAACCCACCAAACGCUACAUUUCUCAUGUUUGCACGUCCUUAUGUUACUGGCACUGGAACAUUCGAUAACUCAACCACAGCUGGAAUUCUAGAGUAUAUCUCCAAUUCUACGGCAGCUAAUUCAAUCUCGUCCAUUCCUCUGAUGAAACCAACUCUUCCAGCAUUGAAUGAUACCUCUUUCGCUACCAAUUUCAGUCAAAAGCUCAGAAGUUUGGCCAGUAGGAAAUUCCCAGCAGCCGUUCCUCAGAGUGUAGACCGAAAAUUCUUAUUCACAGUGGGAUUAGGGCUAAAUCCAUGUCCUAAAGGACAAACAUGCCAAGGCCCCAACGGCACCAAAUUUGCAGCCUCCAUUAACAACAUAUCUUUUGUUCUUCCCACCACAGCUCUUCUUCAAGCUCACUUCUUUGGGCAAUCCAAAGGAGUUUAUAAUACAAGUUUCCCUGACAACCCACCAUUUCCUUUCAAUUACACAGGAACCCCUCCCAACAACACAAGGACUCUCAACGACACAAGGCUGAAAGUGGUUCCUUUCAACAGCAGCAUUGAGCUUGUUCUUCAAGACACAAGCAUCGUAGGGCCAGAGAGCCAUCCUCUGCAUCUGCACGGCUAUAAUUUCUUCAUCGUGGGUCAAGGUGUGGGAAAUUACAAUGCAAGCAGUGACCCCUCCAAUUUUAAUCUGGUGGAUCCACCAGAGAGAAACACAGUUGGAGUUCCUAGUGGAGGUUGGGUGGCCCUGAGAUUCCUAGCUGAUAAUCCUGGGGUGUGGUUCAUGCAUUGUCAUCUGGAAGUGCACACCAGCUGGGGAUUGAAAAUGGCAUGGGUUGUUUUGGAUGGAAAUAAGAAAUCUCAAUCUCUACCUCCUCCUCCCAAAGAUCUUCCAUCCUGCUGAUAACUACAUAUUUUGUCGCGACCAUUCUGCCAUUUCUAUAUACAGUGUGUGUUUAUAGUUUUGUAGGGUUUUGUCCAUUCAAAGCUUGUUAUGGAGUUUGAAGAAAAAAAAAUAGUCACUCUCCAGAAGUAAUAUGCAAAGUGCUUGAUUGCACAAGUAUUAAGGACCAUCAAUUAUUGUAUUACAUUUAACUUUUGUUUGUGUUUGUGUCUAUCUUUAUUAAUAGA